GCUUCCUUCCGAUGAGUAAACAUGCAUAGGGUCGCGUUAACACAGCUUAGAGGAGAAAUUUCAGCAGACUCCGCUCUUCGUGGAAGGAAGGGGUGGGAAAUGCCUGACCUCCUGAGGUUUCUUCUCAUACGACGCCACGCAGCUAUUAAAAGGAACAGGAGCCCUCUCUUCCUUUGUAGUUUGUUACCCUGGGAAGUUGAAAUAAAAGACGGAGUUUCCUCUUUGCUGGAGGUGAAGAACAAAGCUCCAGCAGAAGUACAGAUCACAGCAGAGCAGCUCUUAAGAGAAGCAAAAGAGAGGGAACUUGAGCUUCUUCCCCCACCACCCCAGCAGAAGAUCACAGAUGAAGAAGAGCUAAAUGAUUACAAGCUCCGAAAAAGAAAAACCUUUGAAGAUAACAUAAGAAAAAAUCGGACGGUUAUUAGUAACUGGAUCAAGUACGCACAAUGGGAGGAAAGCCUCAAAGAAAUACAAAGGGCUCGUUCCAUUUACGAGCGUGCUCUCGAUGUGGACUACCGAAAUGUCACCCUUUGGUUGAAGUAUGCCGAGAUGGAAAUGAAGAAUCGCCAAGUGAAUCAUGCUCGAAAUAUCUGGGAUCGUGCUAUCACUACACUACCAAGAGUCAACCAGUUCUGGUACAAAUAUACUUACAUGGAAGAAAUGUUGGGAAAUGUUGCUGGAGCCCGCCAGGUGUUUGAGCGCUGGAUGGAAUGGCAGCCAGAAGAACAAUCUUGGCAUUCCUACAUUAACUUUGAGCUCCGAUACAAGGAAGUGGACAGAGCACGCUCUAUUUAUGAGAGAUUUGUCAUUGUGCAUCCUGAUGUUAAGAACUGGAUCAAAUAUGCCCGUUUUGAAGAAAAGCAUAGUUACUUUGCUCAUGCGCGGAAAGUCUUUGAACGAGCGGUGGAAUUCUUCGGAGAAGAACAUAUGGAUGAACAUCUGUAUGUAGCUUUUGCCAAAUUUGAAGAGAAUCAGAAAGAGUUUGAAAGGGUGAGAGUAAUCUACAAAUAUGCCCUGGAUAGAAUCCCAAAGCAUGAGGCCCAGGAGCUCUUCAAAAAUUACACUAUUUUUGAAAAGAAGUUUGGGGACCGGAGAGGCAUAGAAGAUAUUAUUGUCAGCAAGCGGAGAUUCCAGUAUGAAGAAGAAGUGAAGGCUAAUCCACAUAAUUAUGAUGCCUGGUUUGAUUACUUGAGACUUGUGGAAAGUGAUGCAGAUUCUGAUGCUGCACGUGAAGUUUAUGAAAGAGCAAUUGCCAAUGUUCCUCCAAUUCAAGAAAAGAGACACUGGAAGAGAUACAUCUAUCUGUGGAUCAAUUAUGCACUAUAUGAAGAACUAGAGGCAAAGGAUCCAGAGCGGACAAGACAAGUAUAUCAAGCAUGUGUUGAACUCAUUCCUCACAAAAAGUUUACAUUUGCCAAAAUAUGGCUGCUCUAUGCUCAGUUUGAAAUAAGGCAGAAGAAUCUCCAUCUUGCCAGACGAGCAUUGGGAACUUCCAUAGGUAAGUGUCCAAAGAACAAACUGUUUAAAGGCUACAUUGAAUUGGAGCUGCAGCUGCGGGAGUUUGAUCGUUGCCGGAAACUUUAUGAGAAAUUUCUGGAGUUUGCACCAGAAAACUGCACAUCAUGGAUCAAAUUUGCUGAGUUAGAAACCAUUCUUGGUGAUACUGACAGAGCAAGAGCUCUAUACGAGUUGGCUAUUGGUCAGCCACGACUAGACAUGCCAGAGAUUUCUUGCAUCGGGGCAUUUGUGGAAAAAGCGGCCGAGGUUGCUGCUGAUCUUGUAGAAAGAGUACAAGUGUUCGUCGGGGGACAGAGAUGUUGCGUCUCAUAAGCCAGCGCUACACAGACCCUAAUCCAUCUUGCAGUGGUCAAAGAAGUCACUGUUCUCCCCACAGUAUCAGGAAGGAAGGACACAAACAUUGAAUCCAUUGUUCUGAAAGAUGCUGACCUCUUUAUAUAUCCCUUAAUGCCACAAUGCACAUCCAACAUGUGCCACCUUUUCUCAGUCGCAUGCACGGGAUGUGGACAAAAGGAAAGGAGAAAGACGUCCUGUGACUGAUAAAACAAAGAAGUCACCUUAUUACAUACAAAAGGAUCCUGAAUAAGGCGAACAGAAUCUUGUUGGAAUAUACAAUACGAUUUAUGAACAGAAAGGGCCUGCAAUUCCGACACUCUUAUCACAGACGUGACCACUAUCAGAAAUGCCAAUUUAAAAGACAAAAUUCAUAUUGGAAUGGAUUUUAGGGGUUCAAAAGGUGGAGACUGUAGUGCCUUCAGCACUGUAUGUAAAUUCCAAUUGGGAAAGCAGUGUAUUGUCGGUGGAGAGACAAGGGUGGCUCCUCAGAGUAACCUCUUUAGGUGAGGAUGUGCAUGUGUAUACUUUGCCAAAGUGCCUAAAAUGAGGCCCACUAAUAAAACUGCUUGCCUCUUAA